AUGAAUAAUGGGUUUUCAUUAAAAUUUAAACUAUUUUACUAUAAUUUAAAAAUUUUCUAGGGAUCUUAUUAUACACUGAUGGUUUAAAUCAUUUUUAGGAAAAAAUUCUAACAGUUUAUUAAAUCGAUAGCCUGAAUAAUAACCGUCUGAUACUUGCACAAGUCUUUUUAAGGCUAAGACAAAGAGUUCAGGAUAGGUAAAAAUUAGUCAGAAAAAAAGCACAAGAACAGAUUGCUAAAGCAACAAAACUUAGAACAAAAAAAUCGUUUAAGAAGCUGGCAAGUGCUGUAUUUCUGUCAAAGAAACAGCCUUUUAAGCAACUUUAUUUGAAGUUGUGGCAUAAUCAAAUAGUGUUAAUUCAAGAAAAAAUAAGGCAGGCUGCAUCAUUUUCUCAACGAUAUAAACAGAAUCAGAUUUUUCAAAUGUGGAAGGAUUCAGUUAAUACCCAGCGUGCAAGGAAUGAAAUUGCAAGCAAUUAUUAUAAGCAGCAUUUGCUCAGGAGGCUUUUCUCUGGCUUCAAAAGCCCCAACAGUAAUUAA